CUUUGUAUUUGUGCAGAUUCAUCUAUAAAAAGGGAUGGUAGGUCUCAAUUGACGUAAUGAGUUGCUCCAUUCCAUACCAGUAGAUCUUCAGCUAUGGAUCUUAGAAAAAUACUUCUAAGCAUUUUGCUUGGAUUCGUUUGCCUAUCUUCAGUACUAAAAGCUGAGGAUAACGAUCAUUCCUGUGAAACACAAUGUGGAGACAGUUGUUGCCCUCACGAAAAUGGAGUAUGCUGCGAAGGCAGCUCAGGGUGUUGCCGACAGGGUCAAACCUGCUUGCCUAACACCGAUACUUGCCUCGGCUUGAAUUUUACAGCACAUGGCAAUGUGACACUUCAUUCCGAACAAGUCACGCCCUUUACUGGGCUGUACUGUCCCAAUAGAACAACUGCCUGCAAGGGAGGUUGCUGUCCUUUUGCUGAUGCUGAUUGCUGCGAGAAUGGUUAUUGCUGUCCGAAAGGAACCCAUUGCUCAGUAGAUGCAUGCAUUGUGGAUGGAGUUCCUAGUAAGGCACUGAGGAAGGGGUUGGCCGGAAAAGACCCGGAGAAUAACAUUAUGGGACUGAAACUGAAAAAUCUUGGUAUUCAGAUCUGUCCCGAUAAACUGCACUUAUGUCCCGGUACAGCUGAAUGCUGUAGAAAUGCUAAUGGUCAAUGGGAUUGCUGUCCAAAAGUUUCUAAUUUAAAAGGUGAAUGUUGCUACAUGUUUGGAUUUAUAUGGACUUGCUGCACUGAUAUUCUUCCUGUAUGCCAUACGUGGGGAUGUUGGUGGACAUAAAGAGAGCAGCAAGGAAUUUUUCUGUCAAUUUGUUUUGCUCUAUUGUUUACGCAUAAAAUGCAAAUGAGAUUAAAAUUUUUAUCUAGAAUUUAUAGUGUAUAAUUUUGUACGUAGCAUAUCCUGUUAAUGCUUUUCAAGAUUACUUGUUAUAUGUAUUCUCUUUAUAGGAAAUUAAUGAAAACAUUAAACAUUUUAUUCUGUUUCG